AUGCCGCCUCAGCCAGUGGCGCAGCGCCAGCGGUCGAGGCAGUCGUCGCCCCGGGCCAGAGAGCCUAUGAUCACCUCCGAAUACGAAAUCGUCGAGAAGAUGGCGACGGGCUCCUUCGGCGUCGUCUUCAAAGUCCGCCGAGCUACAGACCAUCAGGUCUUCGUCAUGAAGCGCAUUCCGCUGCUCGGCUUGACGGCGCUGCAGCGUCGCGACGCUGCGCAGGAGAUCAUCCUCAUGCGCGACCUGCAUCACCCCUGCGUGGUUUCGCAACGGGAUGCCUUUCUAUACAACGAGCACGACCUGUGCCUUGUCAUGGAUUAUUACGACGGUGGCGACAUGGACACCCACAUGGCGGCACAGCGCGACCUGGACAUGUACUUUGAGCUUGACCAGGUCAUGCUGUGGUUCGUGCAGCUGGUGCUCGGAGCUCAGUACCUGCACGCCCACAACGUCGUCCACCGUGAUAUCAAGAUACAUAACGUGUUCCUGCGGUCCAAGGACAUGUCCGUAGUGCUCGGCGACUUUGGCAUCUCCGAGCGUCUCGGCGCGGACCUGGCCAAUCACACGUGGGUCGCCGCAGCAACGAUGAGCGGUCUUCACGGCAGCGACGGCUCGUCCCUCACAUCUGUGCCAGCGAUAGUGGCCGCGACUGCUGUGGGCUCGCCGUCACCGGCGCGGAUGAACCACGGUGACGACGCAAUGCGGUCGCUCUCCAUCUCGGGCUGUCUCCGUCCGCCCACGCCCGGCGGAGCAGGGGCUGGGCCACUAGUCCUGUCUCCGCUACUUUACCAACAGACGGCAUGGUCCUCGGGCCAAUGGGGCGCGGAGUCGCAGCUCUGCUCCCCGAACUCGAGCCCGUACCAGCCGCUGUCGCACGCGCGACAGACAGGCGCGAGCAGCAACGCGGCCUCAUCGUGUUCGCUGCAGAGGCUGCUGAACGGCGGUGUGGAGGCAGUCAUGAAGGGCACGCCACUCUACAUGGCGCCAGAGGUGCUCCAGGGUGGGGCGGCCAGCCCCAAGUCAGAUGUGUGGUCGCUGGGCUGCGUUCUCUACGAGUUGCUGGCCCUCCGCCACCCCUUCGAGUCGCGCGAUCUUGCGCCGUUGGUGAUGCGCGUCUUGCGAGGGCAGCGCGAGCCGCUCCCCGCGCACUACCCUCGUCCGAUCGCGGACUUGAUCAACCACAUGCUCUGCCUCGACGCUAGUCAGCGCCCCUCGUGCGAGGAGGUGCUGACGGUGCCCUGCGUACGUGCCUACGUAGACCUGUGGCGCAGUCUGCGCACCCCUCUCGACGUCCCCACUUCACCUGGCGAGACUGCACUGAUGCGACAGCUGCAAGCGUGGCAGGCAAACAUCGCAGCGUGGAACGCACGCCACCCUGACAACCCGCGCAGCAAGUCAGUGCACUACAGCGAGCUGAAGCGCCAGCUGCUAAGCCCUGCCUGCGCGCCGGCCGAGGAGCGCGAGAGGGUGGAGCGGCGAGCUGUCGAGGCAGCGCGCAUGGCUCUUCAGACAGCGCAGCCAUCUGGGCUGACGUGCAGUAUCUCUUUGGCCGGCAUCAGCGGCGCCAGCCAAGGCGGCGGUGGCGCCCACGACGGCACCUUCUUCUUUGGUGCCACUGGUGAAUGUCUCGCCGGCGCGGCUGGCCGCAGCAGCAGCGAGUUGCUGAGCAUACCCUCCCUGGCGGAGGGUAUUCUGAACAUGGGACCCUCGGACAGCAUGCGUCCCUACAUGGUCUACGACGUCGCACCUGAGAUAGCCGCCACUGCUGCUGCUGGAGGGGCGGGACCGUCAUGCGCCGAAUCGGCGGCGAGGAAGGCGCUGAACGGCCGUCCUCCAAGGCCAUCGCGCCGUCCGUCGGUGUCGCCACCGCCGCAUCCGGUCCAAGGUGAAGACUUGGCUGUCACCGGACACCACAUCGGCAAGGGUGGCGCUCGCGUCGGUUCGCUGCCGCAGGCGGUUGAUGUGGCUCGCAGCGAGAACUCCCCGAUGGUGAGCGCUGCGGCGAGGAAACGCCGGUACCAGCAGGCGGGGCAGCGCAAGCCCACCGCUCCUCAGAAGGGUGAGUCGUCGCACCACGACGACACGACUCAGCCGGAGCAUAAGCCGUUGACUGGAGCGGCGUCGCCGACGAUCGAUGCCGCUGCUGAGGUCCCAUCGACCACACCACCAGUGCCGUCGUCGUACUUUCCGCUGAAGCCAGACCUCCCCACAUCGCCGUCGCUGUUGCACACGCGUGGCAGCACUCGAUGCGGCUCCAUUGAUGAGGAUGCGCUGUUCUUUGAAGCCUACGGGAACGUCACCGACAUGCGCUUCGCCUCCCUCGACGAGAUCGCCCAGAAUGUGGUGGACCUGCGCCAGCGCGUGCAGCAGCGCUUGCGGCACCAGCGCCUGCUGAGAGACAUAGAGGCUCUGCAUGAGCGGCACGGCUCUGCCCUCCUCCGCAGCAUGCCGCACGUCUUAAGCGUGCUCGAGGCGACCGUGGACGGCGAGGAGGGGCCCCCUGGCAGGUCCGGUGGCGCCCAGUCUACCAUGUCGCCCGAGGAGGUGUACGCGCGCAUGGUGCAGCAGAUUGAUCAGCAACGCAGCGGGUAUGAGCAGCACCAGCUCGACCCCGACGACGCUGAGAAGCUGAUGGGCAUCUUGCACUUGGGGCAGCUGCCGGUGGGCCGUCCAAUGCCGCCGCGCAUCCGACAGCUGCGUGAGUCCGCCGCACUGGCGCAGGAAGUGGUGAGCGAAGAGGCACGCCGUCGUUCCCGGCUAUUUCCGAGAGAGUCGAAGGACAGGACGCCACCCACCACCAAACGCGGCGUCCCCUUCUCUUCGGCGGUUUCGAUGCAGUUUGCUGACCCUGCUGCUCCCCUGAUAGCGCUCUCGACAGGUGGCGGUCGGUCGUCUUCACUAACUACCGCAAUGGAGCUGCGCCGGUGGCGCCCCUACCUCGAGCGCCGCGACCGCCUUUCCGCCGCGCUCACCCACGUCUUCGACGCCACCACGCUGCGAGCGGUGUACUCAUACUACCGCACCUGCGCGCUGCUGCAGCGGGACGCCGCGGUGGUGCGCCGACUCGUGCCAGACCGGCAGCAGUGGUCGGCGCUGCCGUCGGUUGAGGAGCUGGCGGUGCUCGACCGACGGCUAGAGGUGUUGUUUGAGGAUCGACCGAGUUGGGAUGGGAGGCAAGGUGCAUGA